AUGGCCUCUUUCUGGAAUCGAAAGAAGGACAAUACGGACAGGCCGGAUGAGACGUCCCAGGAGCGGGACGAGAAUGAGAAUGCGCCUACUCCACACCAGGAACCCACGGAACGCACAAGUCUUCUUCCUCGCGACAAUCGUCAGGAAUACUUGAGUCCAGAUGAUCCGGCUGUUUCGCCAUACAAUUUAUGGAGCGUGCGCGCCGUGCGCGGCCUCUCCCUCUUCGCGCUGGCAGUGAGCUUUGUGUGGUGGACCUUCCUGCUGGUAUCCGUCUUUGUCAGUCCACCGUUGAUGCAUUCUCGUGGCUCGGGCUUCUUUGAGUUUGCAUACACGACGCUGGCGACCGCGUAUCUCGUGCUCGGACUGCUUUUCUUCGCCGUUCCCUCCAAGGCGAUGACUAUUCUGGGCAUCGUUCUCUCCAUUCUGCUCCUGGUGGACAUGAUUAUCAUCGUGGCGGUACCACCUAUCCGUUUUGAAGAAGGAUGGGUUGGCAUUGCUUCAGUCGUCUGGGCAGCGGUCAUAUCUAUCUACCAGAUCAUCCAGAACCGGGCUGUGACUUGGGGUAAGCGUGAGGAAGAAGAACGACUCACGGGCCGAGAGGAGACUCGUCGCACGCUAGGAGAAUGGGUGGUUGUUCUGUUCGAGACCAUCGUGUUGGCUAUUAUGACUAUCGCUGCUCUUUUGUUCACGGCGACUCUGAUCCUCCGUGCUCGGGAUCUGUCGCUUGAAGCUCCCGGCCAUCGGUACUCUGUUCACGGCGAUACCUACCAGGUCCAUCUUGCCUGUGUUGGAAAUCGCACUGAGAAUUCGAAUGAGCCUACCGUCCUUCUUGAAGGAGACUGGGGCCCCGUUGAGCAUAACUUGCAGCCUUUUAUCGAUGAUGCAUACCGUCAGGGUGCCAUCAAUCGGUACUGUUACUGGGACAGACCGGGGCUGGGAUGGUCGGACAAUGCACCAUCUCCCCAUUCCGCAGGAAUGUCUGCAGACGUGCUAUCGGAGGCCCUCGCUCUGGCCGAAGAAUCAGGACCCUGGGUCGUUGUCUCGGCUGGAGUCGGCAGUCUUUACUCGCGGCUCUUUGCCAGCCGCCGUCUUCUCGAAGUCGUCGGCAUCUUCCUUAUUGACCCACUCCAUGAGUCAUACCUCAAAGAUAUCGGCAAUCCGGGACGUGGAUUUAUGCUGUGGCUUCGCGGUGUCAUUUCGCCGCUGGGUUUGGAUCGCCUGGUCGGGGCCAUUGUGCGUGGACGCGCCAGAGAAGAUCGAGUUGUCGGCCGCUCGGCCUAUCAGUCUGGAAAGUUCAUCAAGGCCAAGCUGCAGGAGAACCUAGUUGCCGUUACCAUGACGGCGGCGGAGGUACAGUCUGCUCGGCACAUCCAGAUGGGCCAGACUCCCCUGGUUGUUGUAAGCUCUGGCCAGGAGAUGCGAAAGGACCCCGAGUGGGCUAAGCGGCAGGAGGACCUUUCAACUAUCACAAAUAAUCUACUCUCUUGGGAUGUUGUCCGGGACGCACCGCACGAAGUCUGGGCCGUUGGAGAGGGUCGGCAAGUAUUAGAGAAGCGAUUGCGAGAAAUUAUGCAGGAGAGCCAGGCCCGUCGGUCGGAUUAA